AUGAAUAAACCUGAUUAUAAUGAACUAAUGGAGUUGACAAAAGAUUACAUUGAUACAUUUGAUACAAUAUUCAGGUUGACAACGCUCAAUGAAGACGAAAUAGAUAAAUUGUACAAUGAUAUCAAAAGUAAAUUGAUUGAAACUAAAAAAGUUCCUCUAUCUGAUAUUUUUAAAGCGAUCCAAAUGGCAGCAUUAUAUAACAAUCGCUAUUUGAAUUCAUAUUGGCUACUCUUCAAAAAGUUUUUUAACGAAUAUCAUCCGCUAAACGGAAUAGAAUUUGUCAACCAAGGUUUUGCAGCCCUUUAUAUUAAAGAAUAUAAUACUGAAUAUGAUGAAAGUUUUGAUAAUUUAUUCUCUAAAACUACACUAAUCAAUGGAUCAUUAAGUCUUCAUGAAAAAAACUCAAUAUAUUGGGCAAUAAUGUUUGACAACAAAGAUUUAUUUAUUCAACUCAUAGAAGAAAAUGAUUUUGAUAUUAAUCAAAUAUAUAGUAGUGCUUUCUAUCCAAUUCAUGAUAGGGGAUUUUCUUUAAUUGAAUUAUGCUGUUAUUAUGGAGCUGUUAAUUGUUUUAAGUUAUUAAGAACAAAGUUCAAAUCACAAAUAACAGAUUUUUGCCUUGAUUGUUCAUUUUUAAGUGGGAAACCAGACAUCAUGAAUGAAUGCUUGAAAGAAUUAAAACCAUCCUAUGAAACCAUGCCAUAUGCAAUUAUUUCACAUAAUAUUGAUUUUGUCAUGUUUCUUCAGAACGAAUAUGAUCUGAAAUUUUCUUUAGAAGAUUGUGUGAGAUAUUAUAAUCUUCAUCUAUUCUUGGUUUAUUUAGAUCAGACAAAGAAUAUUAACGAAUGCUUUCUAUUUUCACCACAUUUUCAUUGUAAAUCUCUUUGCGAAUAUUUACUUUCUCAUGGUGCUGAUAUUAAUUCAAAAAGUCCUUACGGUGAGACUGCUAUUCAUAAUGCAGUCUUAGAAAAUUGUAAAGAAAUAGUGGAGCUUUUGAUUAUACACGGAAUAGAAAUUAAUGUAAAAAACGAUUAUAAUGUUACUCCAAUCGAUAUUGCAGCAACACAUAAAGAUAAUGAAUUAGCGGAGAUUCUCAUCUCAAAUGGUGCAGAUAUUAGUGACUUGAAUCCUUUUGGAAAAACAUUAAUUAAUUCUUCUGUAAUGUAUGCAAAUGAAGACACAUUGAAAGCACUUAUUGCAAAAGGAGUAAAUUGGAAUGCAAAGGAAAAGAUUCAUGGAAAAACAGCACUUCAUCAUGCUGCAGAAAAUAAUAAGUUUGGAAUGGUUGAAUUUCUUGUUGCGCAUGAUGUGGAUAUUAACUCAAAAGAUAAAUAUGAUAAAACACCUUUACAUUAUGCAGUAAUCAACAAUAAUUUGCAAAUCGAAGAGUUUCUUAUUUCACAUGGCGCAGAUAUCAAUGCCAAAGAUAAUCAACUUAAAACAGCCAUUCAUUAUGCUGCAGAGAAAAAUCGAAAGGAAAUUUUAAUAAAUCUAAUUUCUCAUGGAAUUGAAAUAAAUUCUAAAGAUAAUUUGGGACAAACUGCUCUUCACAUAGCAUCAAUGCUUAAUAACAGUGAGAUAGUAAAAAUUCUCGUAUCUCAUGGCGCAGACAUCAAUGCAUAA